UGCCCCUGUGGUGUGUGGCUCCCUCCUGUUUCUUGGACUAUUGUUGAGUUUAUUUGCACUAGACAGAGCUGGAUACAUAGGCAUGCGGAUGAAAUUCUUCCCAAAAGUGCUGAAAUCCUUGCCCCGAUCAGAGAGUAGAUACAGUGAAAACAAUGAAUGUAUUCCUCCAUCAUGCAUUGUUCCAGAGGAGAUUGUAAGCCAAAAGCUGGAGGUAGAGGAAAGCCAAGAAAAUGAAGACGAGUACAAAGAAGGGAACUACACCAGCCGAAAAAAACUGUUGGAUAGUGACACCAGUGGAGGGGACAGCAGUGGUCCAGUGCUUUCAUCUUUAGAGUCCAGCGGUCAGAUGACUGGAUCCUCGGGCGAAGAGAAAAUCUCCAUAGAGCUUCCAAUAGGCUUGGGCAUCAUCAAAGAUUCGGCUGACAGCUUCUUGCCAAUACCAGCCAACGACUUAGAAUUGUCUUCAGACCUCCCGUUCGACAACAGCAGGUCCUUCAACAUCAAUUUAAACUCCAUAUGCAGAGGAGACCCAAUAGAUGCAAGGAAAGGCCUUAAAAAUGGAGGAUCUUUGAAAGAGGAUCCAGAGGGAGAACCAGACAUGGACUCGGGUCUAGCUGACCUCUCAAUCAAUGGGGACAUUAGUGUAUGUGCAUCCAGCAUAUUAGUAGAUAUGGAACCAACCGCAAUCGAGUAUGGCAGUGAUGAUUAUGAAGAAGACUUUUCAGAUCAUGACAAUUGUGAUUCCGGUGAUCAUGUUGUUUCAGGGUACAUGAGAAGAUGAAGAGGACACUAUACAGUUUUUAUUACCACUUGUAUUUUU